AUGCUAGCGACCAUCGAGAAUAACGGGAUAUUUUUGUCUGACCCUUGCACAGAUUUCCAGCCCCAGUCGAUGCUCCUCGGGAAGCAGGGUGCUUGUGGGUACUCGGUGCUGCCUUUGAUGAAGAACUUGGCGACGAUGUGGCUGGCGAAACAGCGGACCCAGUUCUCGUACCGGUGCGACCGAUGCGGGAAGGGAUACCAGCACCGCGCCACCCUCGUCAGACACACCAGACACGAGUGUGGCAAAGACCCCAAGUUCAAGUGCCCCUACUGUGUCCACCGGACUAAGCAGAGGGGCAAUCUCUACCAGCACAUUCGCACUAAUCAUCCAGGAAAAAAUGUUUUCACUAAAAAUAGCAAGAUUGUAAGAGCAGUUACUGAUGAACGGGUGGUUAUUUUCAGGACUGUGGGCGAACUACCCCUCGCAGGAGUUCCCGCGAGCGGAGAGCUACUCGACGCACCUGGGCAGCAUGAGGAUGAUGCGAAGCUCCCGACGAUCGAUGACCCACCAGGUGUGCCUCGACAAGAGACCCGGGUGCUACUACUGCCCGAAGUGCGGCAAGGGCUACCGGUGGCUCAGGAACAUGAAGAACCACCUGAAGAUCGAGUGCGGGAAGGAGCCCACCGAGUUCUGUCCGUACUGCCCCCACAAGACCAGAUACAAGCGCAGCCUCCAGAAGCACAUCCUCAGAAUUCAUUCCUCAUAAUAACUAAAGUCUCUCCUUUAAAAUUUUUUUUGCAACGUGAAAAAGAAGAAAUUUUAUUUUGCACUGGAAAUAAUUAUUGGGGAGCCAGCAGGUGUGAAUACUGUGGCCGAGAAUUUAUUUGGGAGUCAAGUCUGCGUCUUCACAAAAAAAUGGCCUGUGGAAAGCCCCCGAAUUUUUUCUGCUCGCUGUGCACUUACAAAUCUAAUUUUAAGGGUAAUCUAAAGCGACAUAUGUUCAACGUCCACAAAAUAGUCCUACCCCCGGCUAUUUCCUAUCGUCAAGCCCCGGCUCCACGUGUGUCCUCACUGCGGGCAGAUGUACUCCUGGGCAUCGAACCUCAGGAAGCACCUCAAAAUGGGCUGCAGCAUGCUCACCCAAGACACUCACUUUUCCUGCCGCUACUGCCCCUACAGAUCCAGAAUCCAGGCCAGCUUCUUCAAGCACCUCCUCUCUGUGCACAACAUCAACUUGCAGUUUUUUUAACCAAAGACUUUAUUUCUAUUUGGUACAUCCCUGAGACAGUGCUCGCCAGGCCUAAAAAAGCCUCAAAAGCACCUAGAGCCUCUAAGCGCAAGAUCAAGAAGUCAAACUACGAGUUCACCUGCUCCGCUUGCAAAAAAACAUUCCCGACCUCGGCGAAUCUGCGCGACCACAUUAGACGGUACUGCGGUGUCGACAAGAACAUCAUAUGUCGGUACUGCAGCCACAGGUCCAAGCGGCUUUGGGACAUGAGGGUCCAUCUUGAGCGCGUUCAUCAUAUCUCGAAAGAUCACUUUACUCUGCACCGGGAUGAGCGAGGGUCCAGUGGAAAAGCGUCCAAGACAGAAGCUUCCGCCGAUCUACAAGCUCGACUAGACGCGCUAAUAAUAAGAAGAUGGAGUGCUGUCCAUUUUGUGAUUACACAAGCGACAGAAGGUGGAACGUCAAGUCGCAUAUUAAAAGAAUUCAUACCACCUCUUGACGUUGACUUUUCUCAAAGAUGCCGAGGAGAAGGUACACCAAAGUUAGAGACCAAAAACAGUUACAGUGGGCGAUGGACGCAGUUGUUCAAGGCGUGA